CUCUACGAAUUCCGAAUCCAGAAAUCAAUUAUCAAUCCCAAUUCAAUUCUGCAUAGUUGUUCCUCGAAUUUCAAUGAAGAAGAAAUCCUACCAAUGUCGCGAGAAUCAGGAACGUUUUUGCGGUUAGAUCUCCUGCUUCCACCGCUUGCAAUUCUUCUGAGGAUAUCAUAUGGAAGUUAAAAAUUUGCCGCAACUGUUUCUGUAAUCGUAAUCUUAAUUUCCAGAGGAUCAAUAAACAAGGAGGCGUCCUUCAAUCCAAUAAUCAGGAUCGAAAUUGGGGGCAUCGAAUCGUAGUUUCCAUGGGUUCCAAUGAGGAAGUGCCGGAGGGAUCACUGAGGAAUAUCCUCGACCAGGACACGCUGAAGUGGGUGUUCGUCGGGGGGAAAGGAGGCGUGGGGAAGACUACCUGCAGCUCAAUCCUGUCGAUUCUGCUCUCCGAGGUGAGAUCGUCGGUGCUCAUAAUAUCCACCGACCCUGCGCACAAUUUGAGCGACGCCUUUCAGCAGAGAUUCACGAAGACGCCUACGCUUGUCACAGGAUUCUCCAAUUUGUACGCCAUGGAAGUUGAUCCUAAUGUGGAAUAUGAAGAGACUCAUGGUGCAGAUAUGGCUGAUGGAUUCAUGUCCGAUUUGACUAAUUCCAUCCCUGGAAUUGACGAGGCCAUGAGUUUUGCAGAGAUGCUCAAGUUAGUGCAGACUAUGGAUUAUUCUGUCAUAGUGUUUGACACAGCUCCAACUGGACAUACUCUUCGUCUUUUACAAUUUCCUGCUACAUUAGAAAAGGGAUUAUCCAAGAUGAUGAGUUUAAGAAACAAGUUUGGUGGUUUAUUCAGCCAGAUAACACGGCUCUUUGGGGUUAACGACGAAUUUGGUGAAGAUGACCUUCUUGGAAAGCUUGAAGGCAUGAAAGAUGUGAUUGAACAAGUGAACAAUCAGUUCAAGGAUCCUGAUAUGACAACUUUUGUCUGUGUAUGCAUUCCGGAAUUCCUGUCUCUGUAUGAAACAGAACGACUAGUUCAGGAGCUCACUAAAUUUGAGAUAGAUACGCACAACAUUAUAAUCAACCAAGUUAUUUUUGAUGAAGAAAUUGUUGAAUCGAAAUUGCUCAAAGCUAGAAUGAACAUGCAGCAAAAGUAUCUGGAUCAGUUCUACGUGUUGUACGAUGAUUUUUACAUAACCAAGCUUCCGUUGCUCCCCGAAGAGGUUUGCGGGGUUGAAGCAUUGCAAUCGUUUUCGCGGCAUUUCUUAACAGCUUAUCAGCCAUCGAUAGUUCGAGGAACAGUGGAAGAAGUGGAGCAGAAAGUGUCGAUACUGAAAGAAAAACUAAAGGAGAGUGAAGCUGAAUUGGAAAGACUAGGAGGAAAAGGGAAACAAAAGGUAUGAAUCUCAAUACAUUUUCGUGUUUGCUGCUUAUAAGGGAUAUUAUUAUUAUUAUUAUUAUUACUUGUGUGUGCUUGUUCAAAUUUUGGGGCCAUCAUUUAUUCAUUCAUUCUUAAUAAUAUAUAUACACACACGUAUAGCACGUUUAUGUGCCCAAAUGCUCAUUUUGGUGAUUUUAUUAU